GGUGGGGCUGCCGGGAUGGCUGUGCCCCCUCCGGCUUCUCCGCCGCGCUCGCCCUGCUACCUGCGCGGGCGGGCGCCCUGCCCGCAGUGCUCAUGGGGCAUGGAGGAGAAGGCGGCGGCCGGCGCGGGCUGCCGGGAGCCGCCGGGCCCCCCGAGGGCGGCCGCCGUCCCGUGCCUCGCCGUGUUGGUGGACCCGGACGACAUCCUCCCCGGCGCCCUGAGCCUCAUCCGGGAGCUGCGACCGCGCUGGAAGCCGGAGCAAGUUCGCACCAAGCGCUUCACUGAUGGCAUUACCAACAAGCUGGUGGCCUGCUACAUGGAGGAGAACAUGAAGGACUGCAUGCUGGUCCGGGUAUACGGGGAGCGGACGGAGCUGCUAGUGGACCGGGAAAAUGAGGUCCGGAACUUCCAGCUGCUUCGAGCCCACGGCUGUGCCCCCAAACUGUACUGCACCUUUCAGAAUGGGCUCUGCUAUGAGUACGUGCAGGGUGUGGCCCUGGAGCCCGAGCACAUCCGGGAGCCCAGGCUCUACAGCCCCUGGCUAGCCCUCCAGGGACUCGGGAUCCGGAGAGCCCCACCUCCAUGCUGGUUAAUUGCCUUAGAAAUGGCCAAGAUUCAUACAAUCCAUGCCAACGGCAGCCUGCCCAAGCCUGUACUCUGGCAGAAGAUGCACAGUUACUUCUCGCUGGUGAAGACCGAGAUCAACCCCAGCCUCUCCACAGAUGUCCCUAAGGUGGAGGUGUUGGAGCGGGAGCUGGCCUGGCUGAAGGAGCACCUGUCCCAGCUGAACUCCCCUGUGGUGUUCUGUCACAACGACCUGCUUUGCAAGAACAUUAUCUAUGACAGCGCCAAAGGUCACGUGCAGUUCAUUGACUAUGAAUAUACCGGCUACAACUAUCAAGCCUUCGACAUUGGCAACCACUUCAAUGAGUUUGCAGGUGUGAACGGGGUCGAUUACUCCCGGUACCCUUUGAGGGAGACCCAGCUACAGUGGCUGCGCUACUACCUCCAGGCCCAGAAGGGCUCGGCUGUGUCCCCUCGGGAGGUGGAGCGGCUCUAUGUGCAAGUCAACAAGUUCGCCCUGGCGUCCCACUUCUUCUGGGCCCUCUGGGCGCUCAUCCAGAACCAGUACUCCACCAUCAACUUCGACUUCCUCAGGUACGCGGUGAUCCGAUUCAACCAGUACUUCAAGGUGAAGCCCCAAGUGUCCGCCUUGGAGAUGCCAAAGUGACCAGCCCCCCAGACUCUGCCCUGCCAUCUGCUGGACACAGCUGUGCUCUGGGGUCCACACCCUUGGGCAAGGUGGGAGAGGGGACAGGUGGAUGCCACCACAGACCUCGUUCUCCUGCCUGGAGGGGCUGACAGGACCCAACACUGGGGCCCCUACACCUCGUGGGCUGGGAGGGAGGAAGUGCCUGCAGACAGCCAGGGCCUGGGCUCACUGCCCCAGGGAAGCACACCGGUCCCGGGCCUAGGCCUGCUGGAAUUGGACUGCCUUAGAUGUGUCUCUGACCCUUCCCGGCAGGGAGAAGGGAGGGUUCCUUGCUACCUCCAGUGCUCCAGCCUCCGCCCUGACCCACUGCAUGCCCCACGGGGGAGGUUAUUGAGCCCCAGACCAGCCUCAGGCCAACUCUGCCCACUGCCGUCCACGGCCUGGGGAGGGGCCUGGAAUGGAACCUGGCGGUGUCACCACAGCCGCCUGGUCCGAGAGGCCUCACUCCCUCAGCCGGUUCCCCCCUUCUUAAGCUGCAGACAGGAAAUGUUUCCUUCUGCUCUGUCCCUGUGCAGCCUGCUGAGGGAGGCGAAGGAGGGGAAGCCCUGACCCUCCCAAGCCUUGUUCUCCAUGCUGUGGCUUGGCCAGAGGGGACCUGGCCAAGGGUGGGAGGGCUGGCACCAGAGCCAGCAGCCCCCUGCCUUUUGUCUCCAUCUCUGCCUUCCAUCCCGGGUUGACCCAAGGUCUUCUCACUUGGGACUGACUGACUGGGGCCAGGGGGCUGCAGGGUUCUACACAGGGGGCCUGGCAGGGCUGAUCGUGAAACUGCUGACUGAGCGCGGUGGCCCUGCCAGUCAGCAGCCUUCACCUCCCUCUGUCCUCAGAGGCCCUCAGGGUCCUCCCAAGCUCUGGCUCACAGUGUCUCACUUGUAAAUUAUCAUGGUUUUAUGCAAUAAAAUGCUUGUUUCUGGACUGUUCUGAGGGACAGUGGCGGGGACUUGACUUGGGGUGGGAUCAGUAUUCCUGCAGCCCUCUCUGCUGUCCCCAUGUGGAAGUCACCAUAGCAGCGGCCCGCACUGCUGUCGCCCCUGGUCAACCUGGGCAGCGUGGUUCCCUGCUGCUCUGCCUUUGAGCUUACGAGAGUCAGCUGACCCUGGUAGCAGGAGCUGGGCUGAGAUUACAGGAAGUGGGGGCAGCCAGGGUGAGGAGGCACUGGGGCCCCGAGAGCAGCGCUCACAACCUCCUCCCUGGCCUGCUUUGGCUCCCAGACACUGGAGUGGGUGGGAAGGGGGCUGCUUUUCAGGACAGCAGGCAACAGUGACUACGGGACCAGUCACUUUCUCAGAAAGCCAGGAGGAGAGAGCAGAAAAUCAAAGGACACACUGUUCCCGGCCUCUGUGACCCACCUGACCCGGUCGGGCUUCUACUGGGACGGCCCCGCCAAGCUCCCCGCCGGGACUGCGCCGGCAGCUGGAAUGAGGCCGGCAGGACAAAGGUACCUGCAGGACCUCUGGCAGUGCUGCCCCCACCCGAAGCCACAGAGGACCUGGGAAAAGGCAGCAAGAGAAACUGGACACCGAGGUAAGUUCGCUAGAGACCCCUAGGAAGCAGGGGCAGGGAGGCCAGCAGUUCUGCCAGACAACCACUAGGGGGCAGGCAGGAGGGAGGCACGGGCUCACGGGGGGGGGUGGCUGGGCUGGGAAAGGUUCGGGGGGGGGGGGGCGGUCUCCACGCCCGCAGGCUCGAGGGUUGUGGCCUGGAGUGCAGCACCCUGACUUUAGAAGGCCCCUCGCCUCGCCCCCGUCGAUACGGCCGCGUCUGCUCCUGAACAUCUUUGUUAAAAAGUAGUGAAGCCACAAACCUACGGGCACUGCGCCCUGGCUGUGAAGCGGGCCAUCUUGUCCUGUUCACCAGAUCCUAGUCUCCACUGUCUGGACUAAACCUCCUCCCUCAUCCUGUUCCGUUUCUCCAACAAAACGGCCACCAGGUUCCGUCCCCCCCCCCUCCUCCUCCACACAAGGUGCCUGCUUCUGGGCCUUUCUAGAGAGGGGCUCAUCACCUCCCUAGUUGUGGAAGUAAGCCUCUAUUAAUCCAGCCCAAGUCUCUCACAAGAAUUGCCAUUGCUGCCCUCAUUCUAUGCGGAUGAGAUUAAUUUUUAACCACAAGAGCUCUUUCUACAGAUCAUCAUGUACGUGCAUUUUGAAGAGUCUCAUCCUGCCCCUUCAGGCCUCUCAUUUCCUUCUACUGUAACAGAGGCCCCUUUAAAAUUGUCAUUCAAGCCUAAGGUCAUGGAGGCCAGAAGCCCAUCGGUAUGGGGACGCUGCUAGCUCAGAGAUGGGCUCCCGGUGCCUCUCGGAGCCCUUUUCUGGGAUGACUCCACUGCUUCCUUCAGACUCUCAAAGGGAGCCUUCUCCAAGAGGCUGAGAGCUCGGAGAAGUCUGAUCCCCUCGUUUUCGGGGGCGGAGAGUGAGACCGGCCACGAACCCUACCGCACCUGGUUCCAGGGCCUCCCGAUGCCGGCCACGGUGCUCAGGUGCCGUCUCCUGGGCCUCCUGCCUCAGCAGCCGGGCUCGCUCCUGCAGGCGGGGCAGGGCCGCCCGCCUCACGGUCUCGGCCGGGGGCCCCCUUGGCCCAAACCACUUCCUCCAGGUUCCGUGGUUGUAACUCCCAAAAGCUGCCGCCAGGGGGCAGCAGUGUGCUGGAGGAAAUUCUGGAUUUAGGCCAGCCUCCCCUCCCCACCGCCUCGUACAGACCGGUUCUGAAAUGGUCUGUCUUUAUUAUGCCAUCAGAAAACAAAUGUGCUGGUUAAAUUACUCAUUAUCUCAUUAACAAAA